UGCAUGAACUGGAUUCUGUUUCCUUGAGCAUAAGAAAAUUCUUUGCUCUCACUGACACUGAACCUCAAAAAUUUGUUUACUUUUCUUUUGCUGUUGUCAAGCCAGGCCACAGUUCCAGGAAGAUAAGCGGCUGUGUUUACAUUAGCUCUCUUAUCGACGAUAUCUUUUGAAAGCUUCACAGCUAACUGAGUAUUUCUUCUUGUCUGACUCCAUUUCUUUAUUUGAUAUUGCAUGUGACCAGUUGAAGAGAGGCUCAUUUCGGUGUGUCUCAGUGGAAGGGACGUCCAUAGCUGAAGAUGUCGGACAACACUGCAAUGAUGAUAGCCGCAGGUGGCAUUACAGCAUUUAUGGAAGUAUGCGUUAUGCACCCCCUUGACGUGGUGAAGACGCGUUUGCAGCUGCAGCACUCACCGGUGGCCGGAUCCACGCCCAAGGGCGUAGCCCAGUACUACUACACUGGCGUUGUCAACUGUGUUCGGACUGUCUACCGCCAGGAGAGCUUCCUCUCACUGUGGAAGGGAGUUGUCCCUCCCGUACUCAUUGAGACUCCGAGGAGAGCAAUGAAUUUUCUUCUCUUUGAAAACUAUGAGCAGUACCUCUUGUUUGGGGCUGAAACAGCAAAACCAUUGACAUAUUUUACAGCAGGGUUGUGUGUCGGUGUGACCGAAGCGAUUGUGAUGAAUCCAUUCGAGCAUGUGAAAGUGACCUUGAUGGCAGACAGGUCACCUGUGGAGAAGGCGCCCAGCACGUGGGAUGUCCUAAAGAAGAUCGUCAGCAACAAGGGCUAUGGUGUGGAAGGCCUCAACAGGGGAAUGUCUGCUACUAUAAUUAGUCAUGGGAUUUUCAAUAUGGUGUAUUUUGGUGUCUUUAAGACGCUCAAGAGCCGUCUUCGACCAUUUUCUGAUGAAAUGCUGUAUCUGUACCACAUAAUGGGCAUUGGCUUUGCAGCUGGUACGCUGGCAUCCAUAGCCAGUAAUCCAUUUGAUGUUGCGAAGACUCGAAUACAGGGCCCUCAGCCAGAACCUGGUGUCAGAAAAUACCGGUCCCCCCUUGCUACUGUGGCAACUAUUUACAGAGAAGAGAGACUGCGAGCUCUUUUCAAAGGUCUGCUUCCGAGACUUCUGCGAAGAGGUGUUGGAAGUGCCCUAAUGGUGGCUGCUUAUGACUACACGUAUCGGUACCUUACCAAUGGAUUCUCAGAGUAGUUCUGUUGGUGAUAUAAUCACAGUUUUUGUCUAGUUUCUCUAGUCCAGUCAGCAACGGAGUGUGUGCAUCAACAGAAUUGCAUGGGAGCAUACGGGUCUUUUUCCUGGGAUUUUAAACACUAGUAUUUUAGAACAUUUCAUAUGGCAGUAGCCAUUAAGCUGAGCAAGUGAUGUGGUAACAGGUUGUGAAACUUAUCUGUGCCUUGAUCACUGUUAACGCUUUGGGAGCUGAAUGAAAAUAUUGGCGAUUGCUUUA